AUGGCGACGCCGGCGAUCGGCGGCGAGGUUGGCAGCAGUGGCGCGCCGCGUGCGCAGCCCGCUGCCGAGCGCGCGCUCUGGCGGGCGGCGGUGGCGCCGCGAACGGCGGGCCGGCGACGAGCACCAGGCCAGCCGCGCCGGGCCGUCGGCGGCCGCAGCAGCAGAGGCAGCAGCAGCAGCGGGGGCGGGCAGCAGCAGCAGUGGAGGCGGCGCCGGCGCCGGCGACCGGAGGCGGGCGCGCUGCACAGUCGCCUCGGGCCGAUCUCGACGCGCGACCCCGCGCCCGCCCGACCCGUCACACUGCGGCUGCCGCGGCUGCUGCAGUGCAAACACGCCAAGAUUUCCCGCAUCGAGUUCAUCGAGAAAUGGGGGCUGACCCCUGUCCUCAAGCCGAGGCAGGAACAACGCCCCCGCAGGAGUGGGGCGGAGGAGCCGGGGGAUGCCAGGUCGCUGCCGAAACUGAGCAGCCAGGACGAGGAUGGGCCGACCCCUCACUCGCAGUUCACGGGCGUGGCGCACUUCGAGCCCAUCCCACACGACCACGACUUCUGUGAGAGAGUCGUCAUCAACGUCAGCGGUCUGAGGUUCGAGACUCAGCUGCGGACGUUGAACCAGUUCCCAGACACGCUGCUCGGAGACCCCGCCAGAAGGAUUCGCUACUUCGACCCGCUCAGGAACGAGUACUUCUUCGACCGCAACCGUCCCAGCUUCGACGCCAUUCUGUACUACUACCAGAGCGGCGGCAGGCUGCGCCGGCCCGUCAACGUGCCGCUCGACGUCUUCUCCGAGGAAAUCAAGUUCUACGAGCUGGGCGAACUAGCCACCAACAAGUUCAGGGAGGAUGAGGGCUUCAUCAAGGAGGAGGAGAAGCCGCUGCCGUCGCACGAGUUCCAGCGGAAGGUGUGGCUCCUGUUCGAGUACCCGGAGAGCUCGCAGGCGGCGCGCGUCGUCGCCAUCAUCUCCGUCUUCGUCAUCCUCCUGUCCAUCGUGAUCUUCUGCCUCGAGACUCUGCCCGAGUUCAAGCACUACAAGGUGUUCAACACCACGACGAACGGCACCAAGAUCGAGGAGGACGAGGUCCCCGACAUCACGGACCCCUUCUUCCUCAUCGAGACCAUCUGCAUCAUUUGGUUCACGUUCGAGUUGUCAGUGCGGUUCCUCGCCUGUCCGAAUAAACUCAAUUUCUUCCGGGACGUGAUGAACAUCAUCGACAUCAUCGCGAUCAUUCCGUACUUCAUCACCCUAGCGACAGUCGUGGCCGAGGAGGAGAACACGCUCAACGUGGUGCGCGCCCCCGUCAGCCCUCAGGACAAGAGCACCAACCAGGCCAUGUCGUUAGCUAUUCUCAGAGUCAUUAGGUUAGUGCGAGUGUUCCGAAUAUUUAAGUUGUCCCGACACUCCAAAGGGUUGCAAAUCCUCGGACGAACUUUGAAGGCCUCCAUGCGGGAACUCGGCUUGCUCAUAUUUUUCUUGUUCAUAGGUGUGAUCCUCUUCUCGAGCGCCGUCUACUUCGCAGAGGCCGGCUCGGAGCAGUCCUUCUUCAAGUCGAUCCCGGACGCGUUCUGGUGGGCGGUAGUCACCAUGACUACCGUGGGCUAUGGUGAUAUGAGGCCCGUCGGCGUCUGGGGCAAGAUCGUCGGCUCGUUGUGCGCCAUCGCCGGCGUACUCACCAUCGCCCUGCCCGUGCCCGUCAUCGUCUCCAAUUUCAACUAUUUCUACCAUCGCGAGACGGAUCAGGAAGAGAUGCAGUCGCAGAACUUCAACCACGUCACCAGUUGUCCUUACCUGCCCGGCACGUUGGGUCAACACAUGAAGAAGAGCUCUUUGUCGGAGUCGUCGUCAGACAUCAUGGAGCUUGAGGAGGGCAUUCUGCUAACGAGGGACAUCACCAAGAAGCAGAACUGCAACCCGCGACACAACAACAACAUCAACGCGAUGAGCAUUGAGACUGAUGUCUGACUACUGGGAUCACAGUUCUUCCUCCUUACUGCGUAUAUAUGAGAAAGAAGAAGCGAAGAGAUCGUUAAUUUGCAACGAGCCAAAUCUUUUGAAAGGAUCCGGGCAGCGACAGGCGGAGUGAGGUCUAUCCGGACAGCCUAAGUGCAGGAAGCGAAAGAUGCUUUUUCGCUGUUUUGUCAAGUCUUGUGAGGCAUCUCAUGAAGACAUCUGGGGCUGCUGCUGGAUCAGCUUCUUCGAGCUCAUGGUGCUUCUGCGUGCAAGACAAGAACAAUCGAGUGAGCGUACAGUUUAUGUACGUUGUGUGGGGAGGAACUUGAAACUCAACUCAUUUUGUUCUUGCCAUAAGUUUUUUAUUACAAUUACUGUUUUUUAAAUAAAGUAGGCGUUUUUGGCGUCUAUAGAUGCAUAUCGAGCCAAUACGGGAUGUGUCGACGAUGUGUCAAGUGCGGUGCGAUCCGUGAUUGUUACAAGUAAUUAUUACGUGCUCCGAGUGCAAGCUGCGAAUAAUGCCCUUUCCUCCACUCCCUCUACCCGUGAUCACUUCUCAGCCCAACACGAAACCAAUUGUUGGUAAAUUAGGAAAAAGAAUUCCUCUGGGUAAAAUUCGUUUUCUUUCUAUAUUUAUAUCUUUCACAUUCUCACUCUUAGAUCUUUCUCUCACUCUGGUAAUGACAGUUGUAGUUCCUUUAUUCCAAGUUGCCAUUAUCUCCCCACUAACGUGCCAGAGCCUUGUGAUGAACUAGUGUCAUGUCUGGCAACAGCAACCUAAUAUAAAAAGACAUGAGUAACUUGUAGAUAUUUUCCACUUAGCAAUAUUAUCAAACCCUCUCAGUAGAAGUAAUGUUAGGAUUUCCUUGGGAAGAGAAUUUGACUUUACAAAAGAUGAUUUAAAAAUAAAGUACUAACUAAAAGAAAACAGCUUUUCUUCACAUUAAACACCAUGUUAUUAAUUUUAAGAGAAAACAUGAAUCAAUAUAAAAUCUAACUAGAUUUUGAUCUAAGUAACUAAUUAAGUAAUGCAGAUCAAAGCCUGCCGUAUUAUUGCUUCACUACAAUUUCUCUCGUUCUGCUAGUAUUUUAGAGGAAGGGCACAUCAUUUUACAGAGAAGCUAAAGUAACUAGGUAUUAUUAAAGGAAGGAAACUACUAUUACUAAUACUCCAAAUCAUUUACCUGCUGAUGCGCUGUAGGCAAAACAAGUCUGUAGUAACAUAUAGGUGUAUUUAUACUUCCAUGCAACUUAACCACGUCGCUUAUAUUUCGCGGCCAUGUUGGAAAAAAACUGCAGAACGAUAUUUUCGGUAGCGCCACGUAGGCCUCUAGAACUUUCGUCAGGUCGCGAGUUGUUAUAUACUGUUAGCCCAAUUCAUUCCGCCGUUGUCUAAAAGAACAUUGUUGCACGGAGGCUGUACGAAUCUCGGGAGAGAAAAUAUGUCUUUGUUGCAUGCAUGCGUGUUUGCAUCAGGGCAGGAGAUAGUUCCUGCCGAAGCUCGAGGUUGUUUGCGGGGAGUUGUUUUUUUAAUUCCCCAGUGGUGAUAUUUGUUACUACAUAGUUUUGAAAAAGUGGAGCUAUUAUUACAAAUUCCGAAGUAAAAAGAUAUAUUACAAGGAUAUUUGAUCGCUCACACGGAGAUUAUAUAAAUAAAACACGUAGUCUAAUUUAUUGAAACCAUUAUGUACAGUAAGAAAAACUCAAGAUAAUUUCUUGUUGAAUACUUGAUUGUGAGACAAACUAGUUUUGAGCACUGUUUUAAGUGCUUGUGUUUUUGGGCUGUGUGAAAGCUAAUAUAGAGUUGAAUUUAGCUUUUUGCCUAGCUCGAAAUUUUACCAGUUAUGGCGUUUCAAUUCAUUCCUCAACAAAAUGAACUGUCCACUCUCCCUACCCUUGUUACCCUGACCUUUACUUGUCCAUUACAUUAUUAUAGCUAAGAAGUUCCCAAUGUAGAACACGAAAAUUUGCUACAUUGCUUGUAGCAUGGUAUGCAGGUACUUCACAAUUUGGACUACAGAUAUACUAUACAUAUCCAAACUGCUUUUAAUGCUCUAUGUAAGAACAGCCAGGAAGGAUCCACGAAUAAUGCAUACACUCUGUUAUGGACAUGAUGAAGUUCAUCAGGUUGUGAAAGUUUUGAGAAAAACAAAUCCAACAACAGAAAAUGUGCAACUCAGUUACUUAAAAGCUGUCCAAAGUGGCUAUAGCACGUCCAUCAAUAAUAGUGAAAUGCCACCACGAACAAAAUGUUAGACGUUGUGUUAUGUAUUACAUCUAUUUUUUGAACAGUUAAUUUUUAAUAGGGCUGAAAACAAAAGUCUGAUGUUAACCUUAAAUUAGAUAAAUAUAUCAUAGGAAAGUGACACUAGUCAUAUUUGUUACAAUUUGAAAAUUUUAUAUGUGUUGAUUAAUAUUUGUAACAUUCCUCUGUCUCCAUUUAGUCAGUAAUGAAGAGAAACUUACAUAACCUCACAAAUAUAAAUUGGUACAAAGUGUAAUUCUCUGUAUGUUAGCAACAUACCUUACAAAACAGUAUGCCAACACCAAUGCUUAAAUUAUUAAUAGUAAUUGAUAAAUAUAUAAUGUUCAACAUAAAAAAAAUCACUUUUCUUCAUCAUUUACAUCUGAUCAGUUCUGGUGACUGAUUUUAUGAGCAGUUAAGGGAGCUGCAAUUGAUAUGAAUGGGCUAUAAAAACUGGUAUUAUUAAUAUUUGACUCUUGUUAAGAUUAGUUUAUGAUGAAUGUACCUGCUUCCAUUACAGUAUUUGGAUGAAUACUUCAGCUUCCUGAAGUACGUCAUUAAUAGUUGUGUGCAUCAAAUGUGUCAGCCUUGAAACCAAUUACUUAAAAUCACAGUUGACAGCAAAUCAGUUGAAAUAUAGUUGCAGUACUUAGCAGUUUAUUCUAUAAGUAAAACCUAUUUUCUGUACAGGUGUUGGCAUAAAAACUUUAAGAUGGUUUAAUGUCAGUGACUCAUAACUGUUUGUAUUGUAUAUUGUAACUAUAGUGAAUGGCUUUAACUUGCAUUUUGUCACUAAAGUGAAAUGUAUUAAUGUAAUUAAUAGUGGCAAAUAAUAAUUUUUGAAAUGUUACAUAUCCCAAAUUCCCAUCAAAAUCAUAACAGGAAAGCUCAAACUCCUUAAAUAAAUUAUGCCCCUGUUAAUAGCUCACAGAUGGGAGUUUUGAUUGGCAGAGCAAUAAUGACCUUGGGUCUGUAUGUAGAGUAUAAUACGAAUUGAUAUGUGUUGUGCAAAUACUCAUCUUUUGAAGAUAUUUGUGUGAAUUUUAUUUUCUUCAUUUCUAUAUAUCUGUAUAGUUUUUAGAAAACCCUUCCCUCAUGAUGUAAGAGUGUAGACUAUUAAAAUGUGAGGUUAUGUUUAUACAGUGUACAUACAGCUUUUGCAAUAAGAAAAAACUAACCUGUGUAAUUGUUGAAUGCAUGGUGUGUGCAAGUGAACAAAAUCCAUAAAAUUGUGAAGUGGUCUGGAUGGACACAAACAAAAAAGCAUUUGUACUAUUAUAAUAUGCAUCUGUUCCCUACUUCCUGUUUGAUGAGAAAGAAGAUUACCUAUCAUUGGUUUUUUGAUGGACAUGCUAUAACUGCUACUCAUCAAAUGAGUAAUACAAAAAUAAAAAACACAACGAUUAUUAUUUGUUAUGGCAGACAUUUUAAAACAAUAUGGCCUUUUUGGAAGGAUUUAGCUUGAGAAGCACAAUGGAGACAUCUCCAUUUAGUCAGUCUUUACAUAGGCAACCCGCCAAAUAAAUUCCAGGCAGUAUAUGAAAUUAUUAUGUAAUAGCCCAAGUGUAGGCAUAGCAUGCCAUCUAGAGCCAGUGGAUCAAACCAUUCUGUUUAUUGCCAAAAGUAAAAACAUGUAUAACUUGUCUGUAUAACACAGUCAAAGUGAUGUACAGGAACUUCAUAUAUUUACAUAAAAAAACAUCUGGAACUUUGUGAAGCAUUCAGCUUGCUUUCAUUCUUACAAUAUGAGUCAAUUAAAACUACACUCAAAUGAUCAUUUUUAUAACUGCUUCUUUGUAUUGCAUCAUGUACAUAAAAUGUAAAUAUGACGCCAUUGUUUGUUUUACACCUGACAAUGUUUAUUGUUGACAGUUAAAGAAGAUACCUAAUGGUUACUUUAUGUUGUUAAAUGAAUUAUAAUAUUUGAAAUUAUAAAGAUGUAAUUUUUCCCUCCAUCUUUCGCAAGCAAAUGAAACUGGGAAGUACUUCAAAUUCCUCUCUUCCUACAAAUAAUACAAACAAAAAUUUGUCCAGAAGAAAUUUUUAUACUUACUUUCAGCUUGGAGCAAUAGACUGGUUCUAGAUUAUCCUCAAUAUGCUUUUAACUCAGCUAGUUUCUUAUUUUUGUAUGAAAUAGGUCUUCAGUUUUUUUCAGAUUAUUAAUUAUGUAAAUCUGAAGUACCACCAGUAUGUAGAGUUCUACAAUUUUUACUAUGUAUACUGAGAAAAAACAACCUGAAAAAAAGAACAACACACUUUAUAUUCCCAUAUGCAUAUAUUCAAACAAUGACACAACAGUUAGCUAUGUCAACAGUUUGUUUGCAGAGAAAAUUUUGACUUACUGUUUUAUCAGUAACACCUAUAACAAAUGCAAUAAAAUGUUUGUAUAAAUAUACCAAUAUAAAUAAUUCACAUAGAUGGGAUUUUAAAUUUAGAAAUUGUAAAUUCAGAAUGAUUUACGCAAUCCCAUAUUUUCAUAUGAGGACAAAGAGUAAGUGAGUUUCAGUUGACUGUGUGUUUGACUAUCCAGUUUCUCAAAAAAGACAAUAGCAUCCGUUAGUUCACCCUGUCUUCUUACUCCAUUUAGCUUGCUGUUACCUGUUGCCAUAACAUGUUUCCUGUCUAUUCCUUUCCUCAUACUCUGUCCAGCCCAUGAGUCAGGAGGUAUUAAACCGCCCGCCACUCUUCGAAUACCACGGUUGGUGAUAAUCGUGGAAUGAAGUGUGUGCUUUUUCAAUGCCAAUAAAACUUUUAAACAUUGAA